AUGUGCAUAAAUUUGCAAAAAAUGUGCAAGAAAUGUGCAAAAAUGUGCAAAAUAUGUGCAAAAGUGUGCAAAAAAUGUGCAAAAAAUGUCCAAAAAAAGUGCAAAAAAUGUGGAAAAAUGUGCAAAAAAUGUGCAAAAAAAUGUCUAAAAAAAAGCAAAUUUUCAGAUCCAAGAAAUCCCAAAAUGCUUCCAACAUCGUUGCUGGUGUGUUCUACCGGAAUCCCCAUUGAAUGCUCCGCUGAGCUUCUUAGCAAGUUCAAAACAAGACGGAUUUGA